AUGACGAACACCGAGGAAGAACACCACUAUGUAAUAAGACUCACUUUCAAAACUACCAACAAUGAAGUAAAAUAUGAAACAUUGUUGGCCGGGCUUUCAAUAACUGAAGCACUAGGAGCUGUAGAAAUUGAAGUAAGAGUUGACUUCCAGGUGAUCAUUAACCAAGUUUUGGGAGAAUUCGAGGCAAAAGGUGGAGGCGAACCCCCUAAAGAAUAUGAAGAAGCCUUUGGCGGCAAUGCUGCUGGUGGAGAUGGUAGUGGUGGGGACGUUGGUGGUGGCGGUGGUGGUGAUGAUGGUGCUGGCUGUGGCGGUGGUGGUGGCAGCGAGUGGGCAUAUAAAGGUGGUGAGUGGUGCACUGAAGAUGUCGGUGGUGGAUGUGACUGUAGCUGCGGAGGUGGCGGUGAACAUAUGACAGGACAUGUUGCACAAUCACUGAUACAUAGUGCGCCAAUUGAAGGAACCCCAAUUUCAUGA